UAUCCACUGGUUUCCUCAUACAUAGGUUUAGUAGUUAACACCACAUAAAAAAAUAUGAAGACAAUAGUAGGAAGCUUUUUCUUGUAGUUAAUACAGCUGUUCAGUGAUCUAUAUAUUUAAAUUGUUGAACAAAAAAAGUUACGAAUUUAAUAAAGUCACAAUUCAGCUGUGAGUUUUCGGUGACCUCUGGGUUGAAAGUGCUUUGAGACAAUUUAAUUCCUCAAUGACAAUAGGCCUAAAUUAACUCUAGCAGAGCACAGAGGUGGGGACCCAAUUAGCUUUUGCGGUUUCUUCUACUGGUGAAUGCAACAGCCAAUCCGUAAAUUUAGCUGCUGCUAAUCGAUAUUAAACUUCGCUCACCUUGAUCACUGAAGCUAUUUUAAGCAUAAACUGACAGUGUGUCGUGAUUUUUUUCAUAUAGACAGUAGCCAAUAUUGGUCUCGUUUAACAACAAGAAGAAACAAUUAAUAAUCGUAGGCGACAGCUAAUUAGCUUUAGCAACACCUGGCCGAAAUUUUUUACAACAAAAAUGGCAGCUGUAACGGGCAUCAAGAAGAAGGCGGAUACUGCCGAGUGGACUGGAUUAUUUCCCAACGACCUCGAUAACAAGCAGGGGUCCCUUGUCUUCGUCAAGAGGAUGAUGGCUGUGGCUGUGUCCUCCAUCACCUACCUCAGAGGCAUUUUUCCUGAAGAUGCCUACUGCUCAAGAUAUUUGGAAGAUUUAUGCAUUAAGAUUUUGCGGCAAGACUGCAGGACUGGAGGCAGCAAAGUUGUCAAAUGGCUGAUUGGCUGUUUUGAUGCAUUGGAGAAACAAUAUCUACAGAUUGUGUUCAUCGGGCUGUACACCAAUCCUGCUGAACCCAAUCGCAUUAUUGAGUCCUACAGUUUCAAGUUCAAGUACACAGAGUCAGGUCCAGAGAUGGAUAUACUUAGGAACAAUGGUGGUGAAUUGAAGGUCGCGUUGGAAGAAACCAAGAGAGCGAGCGUGCUGCUGAUCAGGAAGUUAUUCCUGCUCAUGCAGAACCUUGACGUCCUUCCCACAAAUAUCCACCUGAGCAUGAAGCUCUACUACUAUGAUGACAUCACUCCAGCGGAAUAUGAGCCACCAGGCUUCAAGGAGGGCACAUGCGACAGCCUGUGGUUUGAAGGCACGGCCGUGCACUUCACGGUGGGUGAUGUCCAGACGGCUUUCCAUACCUUUCAAGUGCGAAUGUCUGCUGAGAGAAGUCGGCUACAGAAGCUUCAAGAUGAAAAUCAUCUGAAGGACACCAAGCCGAUUAUCACUUCAGGGAAAGAACCCGACAAGGGCCCUGACAAGAUGGUGUAUGCUGAUGAUGAGCAGUGCCCUGAAGAUGAGUCAGCAUGGUUCAAGAAACCCACAAAACUUGUGGUCAAGAGAAAGGCACCAGCCAAAAACGAGACAAGAAAGAGAAGACUUUAAGACUUUACCAAAACGAUAAUCAGCAUAGUAGUCACAAAUGUACUGUUCCUCCUUUUACUAACAUUGAACACCAUCGAUUGUAAUCUCACAUCACAUUAUUUAAUUUCAUGACGUUUCCGUGUUUUACUGCUCACAAGGCAGCCAAUGUGACAUUUGUAAUUGGAGCAGCAUACAGUUUAAAGCAAACUAUGUGAAUUUGCGUGUUCUUAAAUUAAUUUUUCAGUGAGCGUUCAAUAAAUAAUAUCCUAAUAAAAAGAUGGAUUCGGGUUUUUUUUUGUGCAUAAAAAUAAAAGCCAAUCUGCAAAAAGGCACACGGCACAAAUUAUGUGAGCAAAUUAACAUUGCAAAAAUAAAAA